CAGGCCUCCCCACCUCGAAACGGUAUGCAUACACAAGAAUGAAGUCUACCGAUAGCCUUGCGAAUGCCGAGACCUUCACUGCCGAGGGCUCUCUCCACCUCCACGAGGAAGUGCCGGGCAACACGAGUCCCAACGGCGGCCUUCACGAGAGACUCUCCCAUUCGAAGCAUCCACGACUGCAUCGAAAUGCCUACCUAGGCGCCUUGCUCUUUAACUUUGCCUCAUUCAUCCUUCCAGCUCUAUACGGGACUCUGUCCAAGCUAUGGGUGGCCAACAUUGACAGUUCUCUCGUGGUGACGACUGACAGCUACACUUACAUCGGUGUGUUCGCCGAGGUCCUCAACGAGGGUCUCCCACGGGCCAGCUGGGUCAUCAUCGGUGACAAGGCAUCGCGUUCUCUCGCCGAGCGUCUCCGCCUGACACACACUCUGAUUGCGUUCCAAGCCCUGCUCGAGAUUAUCAUGAGCAUCGCCUUCGCCGCCGCAGCUGAGCAAUUCGCACAGAGUUUUGUACCAGCCGAAGCACGAGCGCAGAGCAUCACAUACGUACGCCUCUCUGCAUUCUCCGUACUCAGCUCGACCAUCGAGACAGCUGUCGCAGCGGGCACAAGGGCACUGGACAAGCCUGAUGUUCCGCUGGUGAUCAGCUCGAUCAAAUUCGCAGUCAAUAUUUUGCUGGACAUGCUGCUCAUCUCGACAUUCCACGUCGGAUCGAUAAACCCGACUGUCGAUUUACAGGCGGGUAUACAGCUCGCAUGUAACUUGUCAUCUGCGUUUAUUGGACUCGGGUACUUCUUGUGGUUUCACACGAGACCAGCUUUGAAGAAGAUUUCCUCUGGAGCAAUCGGUCACCAGUCUCUGUCAACGCCAAUCGCAGAAGCGGACAGAAACAACAGUGUCGCGCCAACUCUGAAAGCUCUGCUCGUCCUCGCCCGGGCUGGAGUGCUCACCUUCCUCGAGUCACUCAUCCGUAACGUUCUGUAUCUGUGGCUGGUUACCACCAUCGUCGCAUUGGGAAGUACAUACGCGACAGCAUGGGGCAUUUUCAACACCAUCCGUUGGGGCCUCGUCAUGGUGCCAGUCCAGGCUCUAGAAGCAACAUCGCUGACAUUCAUCGGCCACCGAUGGGGAGCCUGGCGACGAGCACGCAACCUUGACGAGGCAAGAUUGAACACCACCACCAACACCUCAACCACGACACCCGCCCGACCGCGAGACAUACUCCACAUCGCCAUGCCUGCAUUCAUCUCCGUCGGCUGUGCGCUGGUGAUCGAGGUCCCUCUCUGCAUAUUCCUCUCCUUUUUCGGCGCUCGUCCAUUUGCCAUGUACCUGAGCGGCGGUGUCAGCGACGUGGCCGAUGUGACAGCCUACAUGUGGCGCACCAUCGACUGGUGCUACAUCUUCUACGCCGUCUCGACACAGCUCGCCACCAUCCUGCUCGCCACGAGGCCUAAGUGGUACCUGUGGCAGAGCCUGGCAAGCAACCUCCUUUACGUGCUGCCCUGGGCAGUCGUGUGCCAGGUUGUGCACUUGACGGAGGACGACGCCUGGAAGUAUCAUGGUCUGGUGUUUGGUGGGAGCCUGGUGUUCAGCUUUGUCGACGUUGUUGUUGUGGACUCGCUUUGGGCCUGGACGCUUUGGAAAGGAAGGGCGCGCUUGGAGAAGUUCCAUGAGUCGUAAAUGGGUCUCGACGUCCAGGGACGGUUGUUUGACGUUUCGUUUGCAUAGUUUUCUGAGGGGUUUCGGGUUUCUACAUUGAGUAAUGGGCUGACAAAAUCAUACGGUCCCAUGAUUACUUACAGUUCAGCGCCUGAUCCAUGCUUGCCCGAUAGGAUCAAUUCUGCCAAAUAACAAGUGAACGAACACCCGUGGCGUUGCGAAGCCCUUCGGCCCGCGUUGGCAUUGAAAGAGCGUUUGGAUUUGCGGCCACCAUUUGGCUCGACUCGGGCGCACAUGGGGCGUUGGUUUAAGAACAAGGAGAUCAGGAAAGCAAGGCAUACGCCGUUCUCCGUAAUCAUCUGCAGUAGUAUACCGGUAUCAUGAUUUAUUACGCCUCUGCGUGUACCGCUUUUUAGCAUGAACGAGCAUGUUGUGGCCGUCUGUUGACGAUGGGUGCUGGCA